GGUACGCGGGUGUGUGCAUCACUAAAUAGUCCGACCAGAAACAUGCCGACCAUGGGAAAACUUUUCGUCGCCUGCUGCUUCAUAAACGUUAAUAAUUAAUCUAGAAUAGCUGAACCAUGGACGAUCUGACAACUCCAGUUCGACAGCAACACAAAUUCGACGUCAGUAAACUUCAAAAGUAUCUGUCUGCCAAAUUACGAUUGUCCGAUAAUGGGGCUCUUUCUGUCAGACAAUACAGUGCGGGUCAGUCAAACCCGACUUUCUUGAUCCAGUCCUCCACCACCAGCUAUGUUCUGAGGAAGCGACCCCCCGGAGAGCUGCUGCCUGGAGCCCAUCAGGUCAACAGGGAGUACUGCGUGCAGAAAGCUCUUUUCUUGGCUGGUUUCCCUGUUCCACAGCCGCUCUUGCAUUGCACGGACACCACCGUUAUCGGAACGGAGUUUUACCUCAUGCAACACGUGAGGGGUCGCAUAUUCAGAGAUCUGCGCCUCCCUGAGGUGAAUCCAGCAGAGAGAAGUGCUUUAUAUGUAGCUGCAGUGGAAGUCUUGGCAAAGCUGCAUUCACUGGACCUGAAGUCGCUGGACCUUGAAGGAUUUGGGAAAGGCCCGGGGUACUGCAAGAGACAGGUCUCCACCUGGACUAAGCAGUACGUCGCAGCUGCACACAGAGACAUCCCAGCCAUGAAUGAGCUCUCCGAUUGGUUGAUGACAAAUUUGCCAGGCGAGGACGACGAAGUCACACUUGUCCACGGAGAUUUCCGACUCGACAACUUAGUAUUUCACCCAACAGAGGCUCGUGUGAUAGCCGUGUUGGACUGGGAGCUCUCCACCACGGGCAACCCGCUGGUUGACCUGGCCUACUUCCUCAUGCCUCACUACAUUCCAACAAACUUCAGCAUUGGCAACAUAAUAAACACCUUUAAAGGAAUAGAAGGCAUUCCAGCUGCUGCCGACCUGAUAUCCAUCUACUGCACGUGUCGAGGGACUCCAACGACUCUGCCGCAUUUAAAUUUCUACCUGGCUCUGUCUUUUUUCAAGAUGGCAUCGAUUUCACAGGGGAUAUAUGCUCGCCACCUGCUUGGAAAUGCCAGCGCUCCCAACGCGGCUCAGUUCGGCCAGAGCGUGGAGCCCACGGCUCGGGUUGCCUUGCAGCUCGCAAAAAGGUCCGUUGAAGGUCCAGGUUCAGAAAGUCUGUUCCUCCAAACCGCUAAAGGCCGAGCUGUUCUCCAGCAGGUCCAAGACUUUAUGCAACAGCAUGUGCUUCCUGCCCAGGAGGAGGUUGUAGAAUACUACACUGAGCAUGCUCAGUCUCCUCAGAGGUGGCACACGCCCCAAAUAAUCCAAAAUUUAAAGGCAAAAGCCAGAGAGGCGGGGCUCUGGAACCUCUUUCUUCCUGCUGUCAGUGGACUCAGUCAGCUGGACUAUGCUUACAUUGCUGAGGAAACUGGACGCUGCCUUUUUGCACCUGAUGUCUUCAACUGCCAGGCUCCUGACACUGGAAACAUGGAAGUUCUCCACAUGUUUGGCAGUGAAGAGCAGAAGAAGAAAUGGCUGCAGCCUUUGCUCAGAGGAGAAAUCCACUCCUGCUUCUGUAUGACAGAGCCUGACGUUGCCUCCAGCGAUGCAGCCAACAUGGAGUGCAGCAUGCGCAGGGAUGAGGACAGCUACAUCAUUAAUGGCAGAAAAUGGUGGACGAGCGGUGCCGGCAACCCCCUCUGCAAAGUGGCCAUUGUGAUGUGCAGGAGUGGAUCUGAGGAUGUUCUCAGCAGGCACAGUCAGCACAGUAUGAUCCUGGUACCUAUGGACACACCUGGUGUAAAGCUCAUCCGACCAAUCACAGUGUUCGGACAGGACGACGCCAUCCAUGGCGGACACUUCGAGGUGCUCUUUGAAGAUGUCCGUGUCCCUUCAUCCAACAUCAUUCUGGGGGAGGGCAGAGGGUUUGAGAUCGCUCAGGGGCGCCUGGGGCCAGGGAGGCUGCACCACUGCAUGAGAGCGGUUGGCUUAGCCGAGUUGGCCCUGGAGUUGUUGUGUCAGAGGGCAGCUUCUAGAAGCACGUUUGGAAAGAAGCUGUACCAGCAUGAAGUUGUUGCCCACUGGAUAGCAGAGUGCCGUCUUCUGGUAGAACAAACUCGUCUGUUGACGCUUUGUGCUGCUAAAGCUCUAGAUACUCUUGGAAGCCGGGCUGCUCGCAAGCAGAUCGCCAUGAUCAAAGUGGCGGCAGCUAGAAUGGCCUGCAAGGUGGUGGACUGUGCCAUCCAGGUGCACGGAGGCGCAGGGGUGUCUGGGGAUUUUCCUCUAGCACAAAUGUACUCGUAUGCACGGACUCUGCGCAUCGCAGAUGGACCCGAUGAGGUGCACCUCUCCACCAUCGCAUACCUGGAACUGAAGGAUCAGCUGAAGAAAGCGCAGGCUAAGCUAUAAAUGACAGCAGAACUCACUUUUCCCUGGUUGAAAUUAGAAAUGACAAGUUUCAAAGUGGCAGAAACUUCCCUAAAUGGAUGGGAAAAGAAGUUUGUUGAAAUGAGUUUCUCUGGCAGUAUUAGAUUGGAGGUGGCCUUUUUUUUUUACAUUUAUGCAUUCUAAUUCUGUAAAAAUACAUCUUACACAAUUGUAAAUAAUACUUUCUGAAAGUUUAUUGAUUUCAAGGCACUUUUUACGUUUACGACUGGAUGCAGGUAGGAUUAUUUUGGCUAAACUUGACCCCAAACUUUCCUUCUUUGUAAAAUAACUAUUAAUAAAGUGGAUGAAUAAAAUUAAAA